AUGAAGUGGGGUAGGAAGAAACCGUCUUCACCAUCUGCUACUUCUCGCUCUUUCUUAAUAUCUCAAGUUUUACCCACUUCAUGGCUGACAAAGUUCAAGCAAACAAGCAUCAACUCGGGGCAAAAACAUGCAAAUGUCAAGCAAAAAGGGAAGUGGAAUUCUGACUAUACAAACUCCUCGCUCUGUGCUAAUGGUGCAGGAAAAUUUUGUGAAGGAGAUGGUGAUGCUUUUUGGAGGCUAUCUUUCGGAGAGGAUAAUCUUUAUGGUAUGAAGAGUACAAAUGUAUUGCAAUCAGUUCGGUACAAUUCAAACAAGGAUCUUGAAUUUCCACCAUCAAGCUACAACAGCUGUAGAUCAAACACUUCAAGAGUUAAUGGAAAUGGACAGGCUCAAAAGUUCAGCAACGUGGCUUCUCAAGUAAGGAAAAUGAAAGGAUUGCAAAAAGAAGAAGAGAUUUUGCUAGAACAAACAUGUACAAGGGAAAAGGUGGCAGACUUCAGAACAUCAAGGCUGAAAGUUGCAAGAGAUAAGAAAUUGAGAAAAGGAACUCGAAGGGUCUUUAAAGAGAAGCCAUUAGAACUAGAUGGAAGACCACAUGAACCAGAAAGGAUUCCACGAAAUGCAGUAAUGAAGAGUAAGUAUGUGACUGAACCUCGAAGAACAGGUGGGAUGGUUGAAAGGGAGGAUUGUAAGUUGGCAGCUGCUGAUUCAAGGAAAGAUUGCUGCGUCUCUUCCAUGUCUUCAAGAGAUUCUUAUGGAAGGAAAAUUGAUGAGGAUUGUGUUUUUGCUGGUGAGAAUGGAAGUGAUGGAUUUUCUUUAGAAAAGUUUAGCUUUGAGUGGCCGAAGUUGAAAGAGAAGAAGAUUGAAGCGCUGAAGUCAAGAAGUGAAGAACAGCGGAAAUCUCUGCAUAUAAGGAGGGACUUACAGAGAAAAAGACAAAGGCAGAGAGUUUAUUCUCCAAGAACAGCUUCAAAAGUCGAAAUUUGCAAAAUAAAAGCACUGGAAGACUGA